AUGAUACUCAAAAUUGUGAUACUUUGUUGGGUUAUAAUUUGUUUAACAACGAUGUUAUUCUACACUGAACAUUUUUACAUAAACAUUUUUAAAACCCAGGAUUUUACGGAAGAAAAUUACGACACCCGAUCGUUUUUAGAGAGAUUAAUCUAUCUAGAAAGACAAGAGCACGUGUCAGUAAUGUGCCGUUCGUUCAAGUUACCAAAGGACGACGAUGACUACCAGCAAGCCAUCAACGACAGCAUACUCUUGGACCACAUUCUGGUCGACAAUCGACAUAAGCUGCUCUAUUGUUACGUACCAAAGGUGGCGUGCACCAAUUGGAAACGGGUAUUUAUGGUGCUGUCGGGGAACGCGCAGCCAGGCGCGCCGGACCUGUUGCAGAUCCCAGCAGACGUGGUGCACAAGCCUAGCACGCUGGACAGGCUGAGCGACUACCCGGCGGCCCGGGCGGCCGACAUGCUGGCCACGUACACCAAGUUCCUGUUCGUCCGACACCCGUUCGAGAGGCUGCUGUCAGCGUACCGGAACAAGCUGGAGCAGCGGCACCAAGAAAGUUCGCGGUACUUCCAGUCGCGGUUCGGGCGGCGCAUCGUACGACGGUACCGAGCUAACGCCACCGAGCAGUCACUGCGGGACGGCGACGACGUGACGUUCGCCGAAUUCGCUGCAUUUGUGGCGGACACCCGUGACACGGUGUUCAACGAGCAUUGGGCGCCUAUAGACAGGCUGUGCCGGCCGUGCGCUGUCAACUACGACUUCAUCGGCAAACACGAGUCGCUGUUCGAGGACUCGGACUACCUGCUCCGGCACGUUGUGGGUGCGACCGACGUCCGGUUCCCGAAGGGUCCCGACUCCAAUACGUCCACGCAGCUUGUCAAGUACUUCACACCGCUGGACCACGACACUGUGCUCAAGCUGUACGGCACGUUUGAGCUCGACUUCAAGCUGUUCAACUACAACUUGCAAAACAUCUUCGGCUACGAAGUGGGCUAA